AUCCUCCUUUCUCUUCCUUCCUUCCCACCCCAGCUCCGCCGCCACUCCCUGACCCACCCCGCCCCACCCGGCUUGGGCUGAGUGGGGAUGCCGCAGCUCCCUCCGUCCCCUCCCCCCUCCAUUCCCACGACCGGCGCCCUCUAGCGGCCUCGCUUCGGCCAGCAGCAGCACCAGCUCCCGGCCAGCCGGGCGAGGGAGGGAGGCGACAAUCGCCGAGCGCAACCAGCCACCCGCCCUUCGCGCCGCGCCGGCUACUCCAGUCUCUCCAUCCUGCAGCUGCCCGCAUAACAGCAGAGGGUGGUAAACCGCAGCAGUGCAAUUCCCUGGCAAGCAAUUUCAUCAAGGAUUUCGCAAACAAAACCACCCCCCUCCCACCAUGAAGAAGCCCCCCAGGGUCCGUUGUGAAUCUGACUUCCCCUCCCGGCAUUGCAAAGCCCACUAGAGCCAGUGACCCUCCUUGGCAGCCAUACUUUCAACUAUUGUUCCCUCAAGCAUCCAGCAGAGGGCGCUACUGCCCUCACCCUGCCACCCGCACUUUGCAACGCAUGGACCCAGCAGUGCCCCGGAUGGCAGAUUUGGUGCCCUGCUUCCAGCUGGUUGCUGCUGCUGCUCCUCCUCCUCCUCACGUGUGGACUCGGAUCACCAGGGACUUGGCAUUGGCAUUCUGCUUCCCUACUGCCUGGCACUGACCUGGACCAGUUGGCAUCCUGGAUCCAGCAAUACAGAAGCAACCUGACAGCCAUACCCUGAACCAAUUGCUGACCAGGCACCAUGUCGGGAGAUUACGACGAAGAACGGAACCGCAGGGCCAUGGAGCUGCUUCGGGUGCUGUGUUCCAAUACGUGUGCUGCCCAGGAACGCGAGAAGUGUCAGGAGCUGACAGGCCAUGUGGGUCCCAUCAACACAGAAAUCUUGGUCAGCCUCCUGUCUGUGAUCGUGACCUUCUGUGGGAUUGUGCUGUUGGGCGUCUCCCUCUUUGUCUCAUGGAAGCUUUGCUGGAUCCCCUGGCGGGAUAAAGGGUCCGCGUCACAAACCCAACGUAAAGAGCACCCCCUCCAUGCUCACCUCCACCACUCACCUUUUGGGGACCUCUUGGCGGAACGGGUGGAACUGGGUCCAGAGAUGCCUGAGAGGUCCUACCUCGAUAUGGAUUCUUACCCCGAGGCCAACCUUAAGGUCAGCCAGACCUCUCCCGACCUCCCUGUGGAAGGCCAGACCAGCACCAAGGAGGGCAAUCUCCCCAACGCCCACUCCCACCAGCAAGUUGCAAGCUUGGCACCCACCCCUAGGUACAAUACACUGCCCCGCCCUGUGACCCAGCAGUUAAGCAGCCCGGACACCGGGGUCCAUGGCGGGGAGGAGAAAGUGGAACAAGUAACCAGCAUUGGGCAGAUCAAGCCAGAGUUAUAUAAACAGCGCUCGGGCGAGUCGGACUCCAAGAAAGGGGAGGCCCCGAGCUGUGGGCGGCUGAGCUUCGCCCUGCGCUACGCCUACAGCACAGAGCAGCUAGUGGUGAGGAUCCUCCGGGCCUUGGACCUGGCCGCCAAAGACUCCAACGGCUUCUCGGACCCCUAUGUGAAAAUGUACCUGCUGCCCGACCGUAAGAAGAAGUUCCAGACUAAGGUGCAUCGCAAGACGCUGAACCCCAUUUUCAACGAGACUUUUAGCUUCAACGUCCCCUUCGCUGAACUGCCCUCGCGCAAGCUGCACUUCAGUGUCUACGAUUUUGACCGUUUCUCCCGCCACGACCUCAUUGGCCAAGUGGUGUUGGACAACCUGCUGGAGAUUGCUGAGCGUGACAGUGACGCCCCCCUUUGGAGGGACAUCAUAGAAGCUAGUUCGGAAAAAGCAGAUCUAGGGGAGCUGAAUUUCUCCCUCUGUUACCUGCCCACAGCCGGGCGUCUCACAGUCACCAUCAUCAAGGCCACCAACCUCAAAGCCAUGGACCUGACUGGUUUCUCUGACCCCUAUGUCAAGGCGUCCCUCAUGUGCGAAGGGAGGCGGUUGAAGAAGCGCAAAACGUCCAUCAAGAAGAACACGCUCAACCCCAGUUACAACGAGGCCCUUGUCUUUGACAUCCCCCAGGAUAGCAUGGAGCAUGUCAGCAUCACAUUGGCGGUCAUGGAUUAUGAUUGCAUUGGGCACAAUGAAGUGAUUGGGAUGUGUCGAGUGGGCAGCGAUGCAGACAGUCCUGGGAGGGACCACUGGGCUGAGAUGCUGGCAAACCCACGGAAACCCAUUGAGCACUGGCACCAGCUGGUGGAGGAAAAGACUUUGAAUAUCUACAUCAACAAGAAUCCUCCAGCACGGGACAAACCCAGCAUCGUAGUGGAAAGCGUUCAUUCGGACUAAAGCCGCCACCUCAACCAGACCUUCACCACCAGGGACUGUUUCCAGUGAUGUGCGCACAGAACGUUCUGGACUGUUUCCUCUGACUCACCCUACAGGAACCUGCCAGCAGGGGGCUUUGGAGGGUGGGAGGCAGGAUUCUGCCCUUCCUCAAUUCCCAUCUCUCCCUAGGAGUUGCUGCCUGUUGCAUUUUUCCCCCCCAAAGCCAUAAAGGCAGCCACUGAAGAGCAUUUUUUUUCCCCAUGUAGGGAGGGGAAGUGUGCUAUCAAGUGCAAGGAAACCCUUCCUGCCCUCCCCCCCCCGCCCCUUCUACAUGUUUGGGGAGGUGACCUUUUGUGACCUGCAUGUUUUGGAGUCUCUGUUGUGGAAGGGGGGGUGGAGCUAGGGGCAUCACUUGUGUGUGUGGCGGGUUCUGUGGCUUUAACAAGCUGCAUGAGAGGCAAACAUUCAAUGUGUGCUCCUUCAUGGCGUCUCUGUGGGAGUGGUGUUGUCUCUCCUGUUGAAGUUCUGACUCUUAGCAAUAGUUAAAGUUGUGGAGCCUUUCUCCAAAGGGUAUGGUAAGAGAAGGGGAGCCAUCCUAGGUGGGAGCCUUUCUUCCCACACCCCCUCUCUACAGCGGAGGUUUUAGCCUUCUCCUGAGCUGUGAGUUUAGAAGGAAGUGACGGUCAGUUGGCCCUGUGCAAAGGAAUGCGACGGCUUGCCCUGGGAUCCCUCCUUUCUCCUCUCACGAUGGACCUCCUUGGGGCCCUGGUAGCAUUCCUUCUGCUGCCCAAACAUCUGGUGGGAAUUGCUCCAUUUUGCCAGGAUGCAUGCAAGACCCCUCACCCAAUCUGCUUGUGCCUCCAACCUAAGAGGAGGAGGAGGAGGAGGAGGGAGACAAGGGAAUGUUGGAACUUCCUGCCCUGAGGAACAACUUUGGAAGAGGCAAGGAGAGGGCUGUGUGUGGACUGUGCUCCUGUCUGUCCUGCUGUGUCCCCCGUGAUGAGAACGACCAUGGAAUUUCGUGAAACACGCACAGGGAGGGCUUCAGGCAUAAAAAGGCCCCACAAGGGACCAAGCUGGGGCCCAGUUCAAUCCUUGUUAAAGCCAGACUUGGGCCUCCCUCCAAUUCCACAAGUCGGCUGAUUCUGGACUAUUGUGUGUGUGUGUGUGUGUGUGUGUGUGUGUAAGUGUCUGGGGGGGUAACGGUGUGUCUCUUCCCCCUCCCCCACUUUCCCUAAACCUAGACUUUUUUGUUCUUCUGUGGUUUGCAUGGUUGCCCUCAACCCAGUUUGGGUGAGGGGCAGUUCUCAGAUUUAAGCUGGAAGAGUGCCUGUUCAGAGAACCUAGGCGUCCUAGUUCUGUCUGAUAAAAGUCCUGCUUGUGCGUCUUUCCCUCUUUACCCCCCAAUUUCUUCUUAUUUGGAAUGUCAUUUUUUCCCUCCCCCUUGCCCUCCUAACGCACGUCCAUUUGUCAUUCUGUCUUUGUCUGUCCUCUGUUUUUGAGAUUGUCCUGUUUAUGGUUGGUUUGGGCUUUUAAAAAAAAAAAAAAGUGAGAGAAAUGAAGAAAAGCAGAUAUACAGGGGGGGGAACAGCCCUCCUUCCUAAACCUCUGUCCCCCUUUUUUUGGAAAAGCCAUAUACCUCCCCCCGUUGCUUGGGUGGAAGCCCCCCCAGCGUUAGGGGGGAGGGGAGGGGGCCAGAAGUGUUCUCUCUUUGCAAUAGGUUUGGAACUUGAAGCUGCUGCUAAAACCGUGACAUCAAUAAAACUGGACAAAAACAUGA